AUGAGCUCUUAUUUCGUUAAUGCUCUAUUCUCAAAAAACAGCAACGGCGAGUCCUGGCACUCCGAUUUUGGGCUGGCACAUGAUUUGGGAAGCACAUCCUCUGUAGCAUACGAAUACGGUGCCGGUGGCACCAUCCAGCAGCAGCAUCCCACGCAGUUACCGGAAUUCUACAAUGGCACAUCGUUGUCCAAAAUCGCUCACCAACACCAACUAAAUCCGUGCGUAUUAUCGCUGCCAAUGGGCAGCUUGUAUCAUGCCCACGAUGUGAUACAGAGACCAGCCUUUUACGCAUCCAAUAAUACGGAUUGUAUCCAGUACAGUGAUUGUCAUUUGAAAUCCACCGGGGUUGCAGAUGAUUCCGAGUGCGCAGAACAGUGCUCCUCUCUGCCGGACCUCUUUCCCUGGAUGAAACCACAAGGUGAGUCACUGACCCUUAAAACACCUCAUUUGAGAAUUUGGUUGGCCUCGGAAGUAUAAUGUAAUAAUAAUAAUAAUAAUAAUAUGCCAUUUAGCAGACGCUUUUAUCCAAAGCGACUUACAGUCAUGCGUGCAUACAUUUUUUUUUUGUGUAUGGGUGGUCCCGGGGAUCGAACCCACUACCUUGGCGUUACAAGCGCCGUGCUCUACCAGUUGAGCUACAGAGGACCACAAAUGUGUGACCCCCCCAAUAAACUUCGUUUCAAAUGACCCCCAAUAAACUUAGUUGUUUUUUCAGCAUUUCUGGAGAGGACAAUGGCUCAUUAUGGUGACAAAAACAAACUGUAAAUCUAUUUUAUGAUGUGAGAAAAGUUUCUGCUUCGCCUGAUUUAUAGUUUUUUAUUUUUAUGUGUGUGUGUCUUCAGUACCGGCUAUGGUAUGUGGUAGCCUUUGUCAGGGCUAUUGAGUCAAUGUUUAUCUAAAUCUGUCUAAAUGGUUUGUCUCUCAGCAGCUACCGGACGGAGAAGAGGCAGACAAGCGUACAGUCGCUUCCAGACUCUGGAACUUGAGAAGGAGUUCUUAUUCAACUCUUACUUGACCCGCAAGCGCAAGGUUGAAGUGUCGCACGCUCUGGCACUCACCGAGCGGCAGAUUAAAAUCUGGUUUCAAAACAGACGCAUGAAAUGGAAGAAGGAGAACAAGAAGGACACAUUUCCAAUAAACAGGCCGGAUCAGAGUGAACUCGAGAAACAGAGCAAAGAAACUUACAAGAAGAUUCAGACGUCAGAUGAGGAGGGUAAAGGAUAA